UCCGAGUUGGUGAACGUGCGCGUUGUCCGAGAUGUCUGCGCUGAGUAAGAAGUUAAUUCAAAACUUGGCUGAAACUCUAUCUAAACAAGUUAAACACUUUAAUAAAACUGAAGCAGAGUAUCUGAUCCGGCUGUUUAACACACUGCUGGGAGAACAGACAACAGAGAGGAAAGUGCCUCAUGGACUGGACCGGGGCACAUUCCGCAACAUCCUGCACAACACCUUCGGACUGACUGAUGAUAUGAUUAUGGACCGAGUUUUCCGUGCCUUUGACAAGGACAAUGAUAGCUACAUCACUGUUAAAGAGUGGAUAGAAGGACUAGCGGUCUUCCUCCGAGGGACACUGAAUGAGAAAAUAAAAUUCUGUUUUGACGUGUACGACUUGAAUGGGGACGGCUACAUAUCCCGAGAGGAAAUGUUCCAUAUGCUGAAGAAUAGCCUAAUCAGACAGCUGACCGAGGAAGACCCUGAUGAAGGAAUAAAGGACCUCGUGGAAAUAAUACUAAAGAAAAUGGAUUAUGACCACGACAGCAGACUUUCCUAUUCAGACUUUGAAAAGGCUGUGAGGGAUGAAAAUCUGUUAUUAGAGGCUUUUGGAUCUUGUCUUCCUGACACAAAGUGUAUACAGGCUUUUGAGCAACACGCAUUCCAGGAUACAACGAGGCCCUGAAUCACUUAAAUAACAACGUCACAACAAGGUUGUGCAGCUCCUGUAACACGUGUGUUACUCUGUAGGAAUUGUUUGAAUGUGGUUAAAUUCUUCUUCGUGGCUUUGAGGUGGUGGUACUGGUGGUUUUUGUUUCUGUGGGAAAUGUAGAAACCUAAAAAGAAAAAAAAUAUAUUUUCAAAGAUAAAGAAAUAACUCAGAUUUCAGCAACCAGCACCUUCCUUCUGUCACAUCCCUGAAAAUGCUAAAAAUGACACACUAUGACAUCUUACAUACAAAUAAUACUAGAAUUCUGCAUGUACUACAUACAUCUCAUGCUAGUAUCAUCUGCUUUUUAUUAUAAGCGAUUGUUAUAGUAUGUGUAGCCAUGCAAAUUAAGCAUAUUUUAUUUUAAAAGUCUUGUAUAUAUUUUUAAAGGAGUAUUAUUUUGGUUACAGCAACACGGUAAUAAAAUGGUUGCCUGGAGUGUCUAUGCACAUCUAUAUUAAAAAUAUAUAUCCAAUUUAAAUCUUUAGCAACGUAUCAUUUCAAAAACUGGUUAUUAUAUAGAAUGAUAAAAUAUGUCAAGACAGUACACACAGAUCAUG